UUUAACUAUUAUUCUACUAUGGAUCUACAAUUCACUACUGCUGGCGAUUCUGACGAUGACAACUUUGAUGAUCUGUACUUACCAGCUAAAGAUUUCCAAGAACGUACUCGAUCAGCACGCGAACGAGCAGGCCGUAUACUCCAGCUAUUGAGCAACGCACAACCAAGUGAACCCUCGAUCGGCGAAUCACAACCGGAAAGCAGCACUUACACCGAAUCCGAUCAAAGUGCGUUUGAAUUAUCUCAGCGACAACAACUCCAGCUGCAAAAGCAACACACGUCCUUAUCAAAACGUAACCGUGAAGAAGAGUUUCAGCGCGAAUAUGAAAAGCUACAAAAAAAACCUGCGCAGCUUCCUACCUUUACCCAAAAGUACUCGUUCCGUCGUCGACGUGACACGCGGCACCGAUCGAUGCAGGACUUCAACGACACGCUUUCAAUGAUUUCUUAUAACUCUGACACGAACUUUAGCGAGUUUUCAACCCAAAGGACGCAACGUGAUUUCGCAGACUCAAACUUACUAGUGGCAUCGCAGGAAACAGCGAUCCAAAAUGACGAUAACAACGAUGGCAAUGAUGGCAACGACCGUACGGGGUGGAUGCCUUCUCGUUUGGAUUUGGAAUUAGCACCAACGUCAAUAACAAAAGAAACGACUUUUCCUGUUAGUGCUACGCACAUUGCUACUAGUAAUAUAGUUGCUCCUGCUACUGGGGCUACUAGCGCUCGAUAUGAACGAAUGGAUCAGCAUGAGGUACCAGGGGCUGGCCCUUCCAAGGUUGUGGAUAAGCGGCCAUUGCUUACAUCUCAAGAACCUCUUGCUUUUCAAGAAUCACCUAUGCAUGCUGAGCAGAAGAAGGAUACCAGGGGCAAUGUCGACAUCAAAGGGAAGGGCAGAAUGGGACAUUACCCACAGCCAACAUCUCCUGAACAAUUAAAACAGCAUUUUGCUCCAUCCACACAACCAGAAGGGUCAAGCGCAGCACGGACAAAGCUAUCACAGCAACAACAACAGCCAUCAGCAUCACCUCCUCGAGGAAAUAAUGAUCAAGAACAACAACAACAAUUUAUGGAUCAAGAUAUCGAUGAUAUUGAUUACGAUUAUGGUGACGAUGACGAUGACGAUUUCCAAAUGGCAGACAACGAAUCCACGAGAUCCAAGCGGCGAAGCAGUGGUUUGGUGAUGGAACAAAACCAAGAUAGUUUACCAUCGACGGGUCAGGCAGCCGAGGAUAAUUUACCUGAGCCGAUAGCCGAUUUCGAUGCUUUGCAAGAGGAAAUACCCGGAAUGGGCGGGCAUGGUACUAAGAAUGGCAACAACCGUCAAGCUGCUGGACUAGUAUCGAAUAGGAAAACCCCACAGGAUAGCAUCAGCAGAAAGGCUCCAACCGAAUUUGAUGGUGGUAGCAAUGUUGACGACAACGACGUUGAAAUGGCGGAUUUGGUUAAUCUUGAAGCAAUGCGACAAAACAUCACAAGAGUCAUUUCUGGAAAUACAUUUGCGUCCCAAAAGCUGGAAAAAGUGAAGAACCACUUUGCUGGCAAUGAAAGCACCUACCAUGAAACAUACUAUAGUGGCGCAGCCAUACCAAAAGCUGACGCUCGAGCACUAUUCACAAAGUUCUCGGGUUCACCGCUUCCUUACCUAGUCACUAGUAAAUUACAAGCAUUGAGCGAAGUAUUCUUUGAACAGAUAGCAGAUGACUUGACCUCAUACGCAGAACAUGCCCAGAAGUAUUCGAUCGGUGUGGAAGACAUGCGCUUACUGAUGCAACGGCAGGGUUUUGUGAAUGAGAACACAUCCAUGGAAGCACUAGCGCACCGGUAUUUAUCACGUGAAGAGUUUGAUGAAGUAUGCGUCUCAUCACUAGCCUACAAUGAAUUAUACCCGGCAAAAAGACGUUGAUAACUUGUCCUUGUCCCUCCUCCUCGCCUUGUUAUUGCCAUGCUUAUAUUACGUUGUAUUCUCUCCGUCUUUAAUAAAUAACAACAAGAACCCCCUCAUUGC